AUGGCCUAUGACCGCUACGUUGCCAUCUGCAAACCCCUGCGCUAUGGGACAAUAAUGGCCAGAAGAACUUGUGUCAACAUGGCAGCAGCUGUCUGGGGCAGUACUUUUCUCUAUGCUGUGCUGCACACUGCCAAUACCUUUUCCCUUCCCCUCUGCCAAGGUAAUGCCCCGGACAAGUUCUUCUGUGAAAUCCCCCAGAUCCUCAAGCUCUCCUGCUCAGAUGCCUACCUCAGAGAGGUUCGGCUUCUUGUGGUUACUGCCUGUUUAUUAUUUGGGUGUUUUGUUUUCCUUGUGGUGUCCUAUGUGCAGAUCUUCAGGGCUGUUCUGAGGAUCCCCUCCCAGCAGGGAUGGCACAAAGCUUUUUCCACAUGCCUCCCUCACCUGGCCGUCGUCUCCCUUUUUCUUAUUACUGUCACAGUUGCCUACCUGAAGCCUUCCUCCAUCUCUUCCUCCUCCCUGAAUCUUUUGCUGGCAGUUCUGUACUCGGUGGUGCCUUCCACACUGAACCCCCUCAUCUACAGCAUGAGGAACCAGGUGCUCAAGGAUGCAGUGUGGAAACUGAUGACAUGGAUUUUUUUCAGUACUCAUAAAGAUCCCUUCACUCUCCAGUAA